AUGAAAGACAAAAUUUGUGUUAAGUGUAAGAAGGUAGGCCACAUUGCCACCGUUUGUAUGCAGGGGGGAAACAUUAAAACAGUUCGACAAGUAACGCAAUCCGAGGAUAAUGAUGACAUCGUUGAAGACGAUCAAUUUGAAAUGUAUACGAUUGGAAAUAUUUUUCACAUGCACGGCGUAAAAAGCGGAGGGAGUGGCAAGUUUAUGGUGAACAUCCAGGUGGAACAGAACAAUUGUGAAUUUGAACUGGACACGGGGGCAGCAGUUUCGACGAUGUCUUACCGAAAUUUUUUGAAGGUGUGUCCUGGGCUCUCGAUCCGACACAUCUUCUCGAUUGAGGACUUACUCUGUUUUGGAAACAAAGUAACCAUUGGGCGCUUAUUUAUUGUGGGAGAUGAUGUUGACUCUAUUUGCGGCCGACAGUGGAUUAGGAUCCUGGAUCUUCACAAACGUCCGCUGAAUGACUUAGAAAUUCACGAGGUCACGGUCACGCAAGCAAAUUCCGAUGAAUUGUUGAAGUCGUUUUUGAAGGAAUUCGGCGAUGUUUUCGAUGAUAAAUUAGGUCGAAUUCCAACGAUGGAGAGCAAUUUACAAAUGCUAGAGAACACCGCGCCAAAAUUUUGGAGAGCUCGACCAGUACCGUAUGCCUUGAAAGAUCGUGUGAACGCUGAAAUUGAUCGACUUGAGGCGAUGGGCGUGAUUGAAAAGGUUGUUCACAGUCAAUGGGGAACACCUGUGGUUCCGAUUGAUGACAAGUACCCCAUUCCCAGGAUCGAAGAUAUUUUUGCGAAAAUGAGCGGGGGAAGAUUUUUCUGUACACUUGAUGUCAGUCGCGCGUAUCUACACAUGCCUGUUGACGAACAUAGCGCAAUGUUGCAAGCAUAA